AUGGCUGUCAACGUCCUUGGAAUAAUUGUGAUGGUGUUUCUCUACUUGCUGGUGCUUGGAGUCGGCAUAUGGGCUUUUUUCAAGUCCAAAAAGAAGAGGGACAAAUGUCCAGGGGAGAGUUUGGAGAUAAGUCUGCUGGGAAACAGGAGCAUCGGCAGAGUGGUGGGGAUAUUCACUACGGCAGCUACAUGGAUUGGAGGAGGCUUCGUUGUAGGGCUUCCAGAGAUCGUGUACAACCCGUCUUUGGGCUUCGUCACCGCCUGUAGCUACGUUAUAGGCAUCGUACUGAGUAUGGUGAUUGGUGGCCUUUUCUUCACUGGGCCAAUGAGAGACAAGAAAUAUGUGACCAUGAUGGAUCCUUUCCACAUCAAGUAUGGAAAAGUACCGAUGGCCUUUUUAUCUCUGGGAACAAUGCUGUGUAACAUCCUGUGGGUGACAUCAACACUGUACGGUUUAGGUGCAACCAUGAGUGUGAUCAUUGGUCUACCGUUCACCGUGUGCAUCUGGAUCUCUGCUGCGGUGGCGAUCGUCUACACCCUGAUGGGAGGUCUUCACUCGGUGGCGUACACAGAUGUUGUGCAGCUCGUCCUCAUGUUCAUCAGCCUGGUCAGUUACUGGAACCAGACUUCUUACGGUUCUCAGACCCCAUUUGAACGCGGGGAGGCAGCACUUAUAUUACCAAUCACUCUUCAACACCUCACUCCAACCUAUGUCUCCAUCGUCAGUAUGGGGUGUGUGACGGCUGCCGUGAUGUCCUCCACUGACUCUGCUUUACUCGCUGCUGCUUCUGUCUUCUCCUCCAACAUCUACAAGAGCAUCCUGAGGAACCAGGCGUCAGAGAGGGAGAUCCAGUGGGUGAUCCGAGGCUGUGUUUUGGUCGCAGGAUUGGUCGGCACGUCUCUGACCAGCGUCCAAAACAGCAUCUCAAUGAUGUGGUUCCUCAGCACGAUGAUAACCUACAUUGUUAUCUUUCCUCAACUCGUCUGCGUUCUCUUCUUCAACAUCUCCAACGGUUAUGGGGCAGUUUCUGGCGUCCUGGUGGGAUUGUUGUUAAGACUGUUGUGUGGAGAGCCAUUAAUAGGACUACCAACCGUCCUCCAUCUGCCCGGAUGCACCCUGGAAGACGGUGUUUAUGUUCAACAAUCCCCAGUGAACACCAUCUCCAUGUUAGCAGUCUUUGCUUCCAACCUGCUGUUCUCCAGCCUCUUCUCUCGGCUCAUUCACAAAAAACUGUUUCCUGAGAAGUGGGAUUCUUUGAGACUCUGCAAACAAAGACACUGCGAUAAGGAGAACGAGGAAGAAAUGGGAGACGGAAUAGUCUCAGAGCCGAUGAUGAGCACAACGUCUUAG